AUGAAAAUAAAAAGAACAAAGAUGUCCAUUUAUGACAAUGAUAUUCAGAAGUAUAAUAAUGUGUUAGAAAAUAAUGUAGUAGAUGUUUACCUUGAAAUGUACGUAAAAGGUAUUUUUGAUACUGCUAAGAAUAAGAUGAAUUUUCUUAAUAAUGUUCUUUCUAAAUAUAAUGUUCAUGGCAGUAAUAUGAAUUUAUCUGCCCACAGCACAAAGAAACUGAAAGAAUUUACAUUCACUGACUUAUUGUACGCAUAUAUCUAUUUAAAAAAACUAAAUCUAGAAGAAGUAUCAGUUAUAAACGAGUAUUUCAUAACCUGCAUAGUAAUAUCAAUUAAAUAUAAUGAUGAUUAUAAACGAUCAAAUACACAAAUUAUAAAAGGUCUUAAUAUAACGAUUACGAAAGUAAAUAAAUUGGAACGAGAUAUUCUAAAGAUACUUGAUUAUAAUUUAAAUAUAGAAGAUGAAAUUCUUAUAGAAGAACUUAUUGCAAUAGGAGAUAAAAUAUCGGUUAAAUAA